UUCACAAGUCAAGGGUGAAGAAAUAUUCCACCAUGGAACAAUAUAAGGAGUUCUUAGAUAAAGGAAGCCGUAAAGGUGGUGUUGAUGCUAUUUUUUAUGAAGUUCCCUACAUCAAAGUGUUCCUCAAAGAAUACGGUUCUAAUUAUGCCAUGAUUGAAACUAGGCACCGCACUGAUGGAUUUGGUUUCGCAUUCCCCAAAGGCUCCACAUUAACUUCACACUUUUCCAGAGCCAUAUUGAAUGUGCGCGAGAGUCCAGAAAUGGAUGAAAUUGAGCAUAAAUAUUUUGGAAGCAGUAACAACGAUGAAGGCCAAAGCCCAUCUAAUUCAUCGUUAGAUGAUGCAAGUUCAAGCAGCCUCACUACUUAUAGCUUUGCAGGUUUGUUCAUGUUAAUUGGAGUUUUUUCACUGUCAGCUUUGAUAGUCUCUGAAAGUCGUAUUUGGCAAAAACCUAUUAUAGCAGCAAAAAUGUAUAUCCAAAGAUUCUUGAGUCGGAGGUUCACAAGAACCAAUCCAUUAGAGGAAGGUUCUACGACAAGAAGAAAUAAUGUUGAUAGAGAAGAAAAUAUAUCAGAAGACAGAGCAGAUGACCAAGGAAAACUGUCUAUAGCAUCUCUUACAUGUGGGGAUACCCAAACAUUGCCUGUGUAA